AUUGUAUGAACAACCCAUCAUACCGCAACAUCAAUAAUUAUGUAUAAAAAAUAUAAUUAAAAGAAAAUAUGACUUUAUGAACUUAUUCAAAAUAAAAACAAACCCGAUUCUCAUUUUUGUAAGUGAAGUACAAAAUAAUGAAGGUUUUGGAUUCUAUUCGAAUUUUAAGAUUCAAUAUAAUUAUUUUAGCAUUUCUAUCAACUUUAUUAACCAUUUCUGCCCAUCCAUAUCAAACAGGUACAGUACCAUCGAAGAAUCUAACCAACACAUCAUAUCGGUUACCUAACACCACUAUACCAUCAAAGUAUUACAUCGAUAUAGAAAUACCUGAAGACGCUUUAAACGGCAAAAACGUCACUUUCAAGGGGUUCGUUAAAAUACUGUUUACAGUAACCAAACCAAGUGAUACAAUUUAUUUGAAUGGAUUUGUACGGAUUUGGAAUAUUACUUUAACAGACAAUGAUAAAAUUAUACCAGCAUUGAAGUAUUUAAAAAAUACUACCACAGAAAUAUUAAUGAUUGUUUUCAAAAAUAAAUUAGUCAUUUCUGGUAAUUAUAGUUUAAUCAUUUGCUACAGUGGUGAUUUAAUGACUGAUAUCAUCAAAGGAGUAUCAAGGAUUAAAUAUACUGAAGAUAGACGUACUAAAUAUUUGAUUGCCACUCAGUUUCAACCUACUUAUGCCAGAUAUGCUUUCCCGUGUUUUGAUGAACCCCUGUACAAAGCUACGUUCAUUUUGAAAAUUUCUUAUCCCGUUGGGUACACGGCUAUGUCUAACAGACCUGAAAAGGAAACAAUUGUUAGAAAUAAUACAAAAAUCACUGUAUUCCAAGAAACACAAAAAAUGUCAACGUAUCUACUGGCAUUUUCGGUUUCAAAGCUGACAUGUUCGAAAUCUGACGGAAAUGUUUCCCUUAAAGUAUGUUCCCGAGACAAAUUCGUCGAUGACAGAUCUUUUGCUUUAAACCACGGAUUGAAACUCAUCAAUGCAAUGAACUCAUGGACCAACUUCAAUUACAGUGAGGGAAAUUCCAAAUUGGACCAAUUUGCCAUACCAGGAAUAACGGAACUGGCCAUGGAGAAUUGGGGAUUCGUGACAUACCAUGAAUUUAUGCUCUUGUGGAAUAAAGCUGAGGCUUCCAGCGAAUUGACACAAGCAAGUGUUGAAACAAUAGCUCAUGAAUUGUCUCAUCAAUGGUUUGGUAACUUGGUCACUACCAGUUGGUGGGACACUCUAUUUCUGAACGAAGGAUUUGCUACUUAUUUCCAACAUUAUCUUUUGAACCUGAUAGGUUUGGAAUAUUUAGAAAUGGAAAAACAGCUCAUUAUAAAACAACAGCAAGUCGCGUUUGUAGAAGAUGCGCAUAUCGAUUCUUCUGCUUUGACUUCUGAUGUAUCCACUGUGGAUGAGAUUGAGGAUAAAUUUGGAACGAUUUCAUACAGUAAAGGAGCUAGCGUUAUCAAAAUGAUAGAGAAUGUCAUAGGACCGAAUAACUUUAAAAAAAGUCUACGUGUAUAUCUCAAGAAAAAUGCUUUUGAUGUUACCACGCCUGAAAAACUUUGGGAUUCCCUAGGCAGUUUUAUCAAAAAAAGAACAUUACCCGAAAAUCUCACUUUUUCUGAAUUUAUCACCAAUUGGACCAAUAAAGGUGGUUUUCCACUUGUAACUGCUGUUUCAAAUGGUAACGAUGUUAUUUUGACACAGAAACGUUUCUUGUAUGAUGGCGAAUCGAACGACCAGUGGUACGUACCAGUUACGUAUUUGUCUUCAAAUUGUGGUACUGUUGAAACAGUUUGGUUAAAACCACAUAGUAACGUUACAAUUAAAAGCGUUAUAGAUAAUGAUGGAUGGAUUGUUGUAAAUCAUAAUUCUAGAGGAUACUAUAGAGUCAAAUACGACGACGUUCUCUACAACAGACUAACAAAGGCUCUAAAAACAAAUGCGUUACAGUUUACAGACCUAGAUAGAGCUCAAAUAGUUGACGAUACCUUCAAUUUAGCCAUGGCAGGUCAAAUCACCUAUAUAGAUCUAUUCAAAAUCAUUAAAUUUCUGAAGAACGAAACCUCAUACUAUCCAUGGGAUGCAGCUAUUAGAGGAUUCAACGAUAUAAAAGUGAAAUUUGAAGACAAUUCUCAAUUAAUUGGACAUAUUGAUCAUGUUUUACUAGAUCUGAUUCAUGGAGUUGCUAAUAAUGUUUCUUUAAUAAAUUGGGAUACGAUAGACCAUGUUUCUAGUUUAAAGCUGCCGGUUAUUUGGUUGGCAGCCUGUCAAACUGGUCAAAAGGAUUGUGUAUCAGAAACUAGAAGGUUGUUUGGGGAAUUUAGAAACAAGAGUAAGAGUAUCAAUCCUAAUAUAAGGCAAGUUGUAUACUGCAACGCAUUGAGGUAUAAUAAUGGUGACGCUACUGAUUGGAAAUUCUUAUGGAACAGAUUCCUUACAACAGAUCAACCUCAUGAGAGAAUAUACAUUUUGACUAGCCUUGGAUGCACAACAAAUAAGGAUCUUUUGACGUUUUACUUAGAUGCCUCGAUAAACAUUCUUACACCGUUCGAAUUCGAAAUAGUCUGGGAUUCCGUUUACCGCAAUGGUUUUAUAGGAUUGGAUAAAGCAUUCAACUAUUUUUUGGAAAAUCAUUCUGUUAUUUUCAAAUACGCUAACGAGUACGCUGUAGGAGUUUUUUCAAACAUAAUUGAACGGUUAAUAACAGAUGACCAAGUUAAAAAGCUUGAAAAAUUCAUUGAUGAGCUGGAUGAAGAUUCAGAGAUUAAAACAUUUGCUGAAGAAACACUGAAGAGUACGAAAAGAAAUUUGAAAAUAAAAUCCAGAAUAAAAAUAGAACUUGAAAAAUAUUUCGGGAUACAUCCUUCUGUAGUGACUCAUCUUUAACAAAGAUGAAAAAAAAGUUAACUUAAUGUUUCAUAGGAUUUAAGAAUAAAUGAUUUUUAAUUUUAA